AUCGUCCUGUCUUGCGAUCCUCGAACACGAUCUGGUAUCUGGCUUCGAGAUUAUACGAAAUUACUUUUGCCGAGUCGAGUUCGCAGUCACACCUCAUAUCACCAUGUUCUUCCCCUCGUCGAUAUUAUCCGCGGUGGUCGCGAUAGCGAGUUUGGUGGUUGUUCAAGCGCAUACAGUCAUCACAUAUCCAGGGUGGAGAGGAGACAAUCUGAUUACGAAUGAUACUUUUCCUUAUGGCAUGCAGUGGAUGUAUCCUUGCGGUGGCAUGCGAACAACCACAAAUCGAACAUUAUGGCCUACAACAGGAGGAGCAAUCGCCCUCCAACCCGGUUGGUUCCAAGGCCAUGCCACGGCAUUCUUCUACAUCAAUCUCGGCUUCGGUACCGAUGGACCAGAUCAAGGACCACCAAAUAUGUCAUUCCCCAUGGUUCCCGUAUUUCAAAUCGUUGGUCCAAACAAGAACCCCUACCCAGGAACCUUCUGUCUCCCACAAGUUCCUCUACCAGCAAAUACGACUGUGAAUGUCGGAGAUAAUGCGACGAUUCAAGUGGUGGAAACUGCUAUUCAUGGAGCGAGUUUGUUUUCGUGCGUCGAUAUCACAUUCGCAGCACCAGAAACGGUAGCAGCGCAGAUGGAAGUUAAUGCUUCGAAUUGCUUCAACAGCUCCGAUAUAUCUUUUAACAACGUUUUCUCGAUCAGUGGCUCGACGUCUGGUGCUUCAAGAACAAUCGCUACAGCGUCAUUCUUACCACUUGCUAGUCUAUUGAUGUGGGCUUUCCUAUAAAGGGGACGAGGUUUCGACUUGUAGAUAUUCUUUUGGAUUAGCCUGGUUGGGUUUGGGUUGUAUAUUUGGCGUUGGAAGGGUACAAGCGUUGUCCCGACAUAUGGAUUGUAAUUUUCUAUCCUUGAACUUUGGGGAGUGGUAGAUGUCAGUGAUCACAUCAUGAAUAAAGACUCUCAAAUCACCCGAGG